AUGUCGUCAGAAUCAAACUUCUCCUUUCUACCACAAGGAGCCAUCAUUCAAGAAUUCAAGGUCGCAGGGCAGAACAUUGUCUUGGGAUUUCCUGAUCCAGAGCCAUAUGCCGAUUCUCCCUUUUACGGGGAAACCAUUGGCCGGGUCGCCAACCGUAUCAAAAAUGCAGAGUUCAGCUUGAACGGGAAGACCUACAAGUUGGCUGCCAAUAAUGGGCCGAACUCUCUGCACGGCGGUGCUCAAGGCUGGGGCAAGAAACGGUUCCAAGGCCCCAAACCCGUCAACAGAGAUGGCAAGGAAGGUGUCUUGUUCACGUAUCUAUCUCGCGACGGGGACGAGGGCUAUCCCGGCACCGUGGAACUGAGGGUCUGGUACACUGCGUGGACCGAAGACGAAGCUGGCGUGUCCAAGACGGUGUUGCAAACCGAGUACGAAGUGGAAUUCGUGGGCGACGAGUGUGAUGAGACAGUUGUCAAUAUAACCAACCACGGGUAUUUCAACAUCACCGGCGGGCCAACGAUCGAAGGCACAGAAGUCAUUCUUCAUACCUCGAAACAUUUGCCUGUCGACGACACCGACAUCCCUCUCGGCACGAUCGAGGACUUUCCAGGCGUCGAGGCAGAGAAGCCCUUUGUGCUUGGUCCCCAGGAGCCUGACAUCGACCACUGUUUCGUCGUGGACACAGACACCAAGGACCUCCCGCUCGACACUCGACAGAGACCACUGAAGCCUCUGAUCAGCGUGUCGCACCCCAAGACGAAAAUCCACCUCGACAUCUUCAGCACCGAGCCUUCGUUCCAGUUCUACACUGGGAAGUAUAUCAACCAGGCCGCGACGGCCAACACCCCCGCCCGAGGGGCACGAGCAGGAUUCUGCGUUGAGCCAGGACGAUACAUCAACGCAGUCAACGUGCCCGACUGGAAGAACCAGGUUGUACUGAAGCGCGGUCACGUCUGGGGUGCCAAGACGGUGCACAAGGCUUGGAAGGCGUAG